AUGGUCACACUCGAGCAGAUGCGGGCCUCCAACGCCCGCAUCCCAGAGUGUCUGCCUGCCGGGCUCGUAGCCGUCUUCGUCGGCGGCACAAGCGGCAUCGGCGAGGCGACCAUGAAGGAGCUGGCUAAACACGCCGUGCAGCCGCGCAUCUACUUCCUCGGCCGCUCCGAACGUGCCGCCGUGCGCAUCACCAACGAGCUGGCGGCUAUCAACCCCGGCGGGCAGUACCAUUUCUUGCAGGCGGAUUUGUCGCUGUUGCAGACGGUGGACGAGGUGUGCUAUGAGCUGAAGGGGCAUGAGGGGGUGAUUAAUCUGUUGUUUUUGACGGCGGGGACGAUGGUGACGGGGAAGGAAACCCCCGAACACCUCUACUACCCCACAGCCCUCAACUACUACUCCCGCAUCCGCCUCAUCGUCAACCUCCUCCCCCUGCUACAAAAAGCCCCCUUCCUCCGGCGCGUGGUAACCGUCUUCGGCGGCACAAAGGAAGGCGCCGUCUCCGUAGGCGACCUCCAAGGCCGUUCCCUCGGCCUGCCCCUAUCCUCCCGCACUUGCCCGCCCACCCCGCCAGCGAGCACCAGCUCCCCGCCACGCCCAACACCAUCACCAACCUCCACAGGAACGAGUCCCUUAAACAACCCCAAACACCACGCCUCCCACCUAGCCCACCUCCGCGCCCACACAGCCUCCAUGACAACCCUCGCCCUCGAAUCCCUCGCCCUCGAAGCCCCCGACGUCUCCUUCGUCCACACCUUCCCGGGCUUCGUCCGAUCCACCCACGUCGGUCGCGAACUCCGCAAGGGGGGGAAGGCCGCUAAGGCCGCUGCUGCUGCUGCUUCCGGGGGAAACGGGGGGGUAGGAUUGAUGAGGUCGAUGCUCAAUAAGAUGGUUUCCAGCACGAGCGGGAGCAGUGCGUCCGUGGUAUCGUCGCUUGCUGAAGCGGGGGAGAGACAACUAUUCGUGGCUACCAGCGGGCGGUUUCCGGCUCGGAGUCGCGGCUGGGGAGGGAGGAAUAACAGUACGGGGGGCAUGAGUACGGCGUCGACGGCUACGGGGAAUAGCGUGUUGAGUGCCGGGGGGAAUGGGACGGCCGGGGUGGUGUUGGUUGAGGGGAGCGGGGUGAAUGUGGCUAGGGGGAGCGAUGCGAGACAGGGGAGUGGGGUGUAUUCGGUGGGGUUGGAUGCGGAGGCCAAGGGGGAGGAAGCGGUUAGACGGUUGAGGGAGGAGGAUUUGGUGAGACGGGUGUGGUUGCAUACUAUUGGGGAGUUUUUGAGGGUUACGGGGACGGAGUUUGUUUAG